AUGCAUGUUGAGAAUCCUCAUAACAAUAAAUAUAUUGCUAAAGCAUGGUCUGUUUUGGCUGCAGUAAAUAUGUGGGGUGUAAUCAUAUUAUGUUUUGCUAAAUUCUUAGAAGGAUAAUUAUUUUUUGGAACUAUUUAUGCUUGGUUAUUUGGAUUACCAUUUAUGAUAGCUGCUGUAUUGAAGACAGAUAAAUUAAAUUAUGAAUUGUUAUUGACUAAUUUAAAUAAAGUGUCUGAUCCUUAAGAAGUCCUUAAUUUAACAGAUUAUUUAAUCCAAUUGUAUAAAACUUAAGAUUCUGAUUCCUAAUUGAUGAUUGAUGGUUUUCUAGAAAUACAUAGAGCAACUUGUGCCAAAGAAGAUUGUUAUCUCAAAUAAAAAAGAUGUAAUAAUCAAAGAAUUUUAAAAUCUUUCUUUAAAGAUCUUACUUUAUCUGAAAGAGAUGUAGACAUUUUGAUGGUAUUAGGAUAAGUGUAUUUUAAUUAAAUCAAAAGAUUUCCAAAUAAUAUUACCCUAAGAAUAAGAUAUUCUCUAUUUCUUUUUGAUUUAAUGAAAUAAAGAUAAUAAGCCCUUAAUGAGUUACUAUAAGCAGAAUAGUAAUACCCAAGUUUUGAUUAUGAAUUCAUAAUUUAUAGAUAUAAAUAGAUUAUCGAAAUUGAGAUGAAUUUAACAUAAACAGAAAAUUCAAAUGAAAAAUUAGAUGUAGCAACAGAAAUUGCAUUUUAAAAUAAUAUGAGAAGUUUUUAAAAUAAAAUAGAGAGAGCAACAUUAAUGCAUAUUGAUUUUUGGUCUUAAUUAUAAGAAGAUUAACCUGAUUUAGGUAAAAUGAAUGAUAUUGGAUCUAAAAUUAAUUUAGCUAUUACUUAAGUUGAAGAAUUAUGGAAUAAAAUGUAAAAAAUGACAUAAAAUUUACCUAAAGCUAUGAGAUUAUAUGCUAAAUUUAUUAUUGAAGUACUUUAAGAUAAAGAAUAUGGAGAAUCAUUAUUAGAUAAAUCUAAGAAAUUACAAUUGCAGAAUUAAAAAUAAAGGAAUUAGUCAAUGUUAUCACUUUUGAAUAAUGAUGAUUUAUGUUAUGAAUCAAAUGCAACUAUAAUUUUAUCUACAGCUCCAGAGAAAUUUGCUUAAAUUAUCAAUUUAAAUCUAUCUUGUUGCAAUCUUUUUGGAUUUGUAAAAUCUGAGAUGAUAAAUCGCAAAAUAAAUAUAUUUAUGCCUAAUUUAUAUUCUAAAUUUCAUGAUGCAUAUUUUGAUAGGUUUAUGUAAACAAAUGAUAAUAGAACAAUAAAUAAAGAAAGAUUAAUAUAUAUAAAAUAAAAAUCAAAUUACAUUUCCCCUUGUUUUUUAACUCUUAAAAUUAUUUAGUCUUUAGAUGAUAAUUUAUAGAUGGGAGCUUAAUUACGUCCAAUAAAAAUGUUCAAACCUACUUGCUAUCUGAUAGUAGAUAGUGAUGAAUUAGUAGAUUCUAUAUCUGCAUCAUGUGUUGCUUUAUUGAAUAUUGAUUAGAAAUAAAUAUCAAAAGGGAAAAUAAUGUUAUCAGAUAUCUUUCCAAAUUUUAGUUAAUCAAAAUAAUAGUAUUUAACUAAAAAUGGGGGAAUUUUAAAUUAUAAAUUCAGUGAAUAAUAAUUAAGUAAUAAAAAUAUUAAGGAUGAAAAUGUAGAAUAUGAAAUAUAUUUUACAUGUUAUAUGAAUGAAAUAAUUAAUAAUACUAUUGGAGAGUUAGCAGGAUAUGUAGUGAGAUUAGAAAUAUGUGGGAAUGAGAAAAGUAUUAAUUAGGAAUUGAAUGUACAUUAUCAUUAUUAAGGAGGUUUAUGUUUGUAAUUUAAAUUCAAUCCUCGUUUGAAUAGUUAUUAUGGAGAAUUUGUAGCUGAAAUGAAUUCAUAAAGAGUAGAUUAAACAAUAAUUUGGGAUUAGGGUGAUCUAUCAUCUAUGAUUUCAUCUAAUCAACAUGAAAUAUAGAAUAAUGGUAAUUAAUAGUAAUUAAUGAAAGUGAAUAAUAUUGAUUAAAAGAAGGAUUAGAUAGAUUAUGGAGAGGGGAUAGUAAUUGUAAGAUUAUUUGAGAACAGAAUUUAGGAUAUAAAUGAUCCAGAUAUAAUAUCAGAUGAAGAAAAUGAGGAUAAGAAUAGUGUAUUUUAGAGAAAUUAAAAUUAAGAUUUAGAGAGAUAAGGUUAAUAAGAAAUAAAUGAAAAGAAUAAUAUAUUUAGAUCAAGAAAAUAAUUAUCUUAAAUAAUAAAUAAUUAUUAGAUUCCUAAAGUAAUUACAAAAGUUAAUUGGACUGCAAAUAUUUUAACUAUUAUUUUAGUAGUAUUAUCAUUUACUGAUUUUUUCAUUAUUUAUGAAUAAUAUGAUGAAAUUUAUAAAACAAUAUUGUUAGUAAAAAAUCAAAAUUAAAGAAAUGCAGAACUUCAAACAAUUACUACAAGUAUUUAGAAUUUAUUGAUGUUGAAUAUGGAUGUUUGGGAAUUUUAAAAUGAAUUGGAAUAAUAAAAAUAUGAAACUUUAUGGAAAAAGAAAUUAAAUUAAUCAAUAAAUAAUGUUGAUAUUUUGAAUAAGGAAUUAAUGUUAACAGAAGUUAGUUUGAGUGAUGUAAUUUUAAAUAUGAUGAAUUCUGAUGUUGUGAGUAUGAAAUCAAGUGAAGGUAUUUCAUAAAUGUUUGAUUUAUCAGAAUCUAUUUAAUAAUUAUUAAGUAAAUCAUUAAUUAUAAGAGAUAAACCAAUAUAAGAUAUUAGAUUAAAUGAUAUUGAUGUUAAUUUUGUAUUGUUUAAUUCUUUAAAUAGCUUAGUAUUCCAAUUAAGAGCUUUUUCUACAUUAUAUGCAAAUGAAUUGAGAAUUAAAUCAGAAAAUAAUAAAGAUACUUUUUUAUUGAUAUUAAGUAUUUCAGCUGCUGCACUUGGAGUUGGAUUAUUUAUAAUGUUAAUUGCAAUAGUUUCAGUAAAUAAAACUAUUGAAGAAAUUUUAGUUAUUUUUAUAGAUAUUCCAGAUAAAAUGAUUAAAUAUUUAUUUAAUAGAGCUGAGAAUUUUAUUUCUAAUUUAUAAAUGGGAGAAGAUGAUGAUUUAAUCUCAGAAAUGGAUGAAAUAGAAAAAGAAAAUCAAAAUGAAUUGAAUAAAUAAUUAAAAGCUAAAAGAAAAAGAAAGAAAUAUAAAAAUACAAAUAAAGAAUAACGUAAUUUUACUCUAGGAAUUUUAAUAAUUAUUCUACUUGCUUAAGGAUAUUUUAUAUUAAAUUAUCUAUUGAGUAAAACAUUCUUAACAGAUCUAAAUUAAAUGAUACCUGAAAUUAAUGCUACUGCUAGAGCUGAAAGUUUCUAUAGAUUUGUAGAUAUAAGUGAAAGAUCGUUAUUUCUAAAUCGUAAUCAAACAAUUAUGAAUUAAGAUGCAUAUGAGAUUGUCAAAAAUAAUCUAAAUGGAUUAUAUAGCUUAGAUUCAUCCAUACAUUAAGAACAUGCCUCAAAUAUUGAAAUUACCAGUCAAUUAUAUUUAGAUUCCUAUAAAUAAAUAUUUAUGGAAUAACCAUGUACAAUAAUUUCAAAUUUCUUAAAUGAAAUAACAGAAUAAGAAUGUCAAGUAUUUGCUGAUGGAGCAGUCUAUUAAGGAAUGGCUGUUGGUAUUGCUAGAUAUUUUGAAAAUCUAAGAUACAUUAUGACUAUAUAUGAUUAAUUUUGGGGAAAUCCAAAUGUAAAUUUUACAUUGUUAGCUAGAGGAUUUGGAAAAUUUAAGAAUAUAACCAAAGACAGUGAUAAUGUAAGAAAUUAUAUUUUAAAUCUAAAUAAUUUCAAUUAAACGAAAGAAGCUAGAGAAAUGUAAGAUAGUUACAACAGAGCAACAUUUCGAUUUCUCGUUUCUUAAAUGAUAGAAGGGAUUAGUCAAGAUAUGGAAGAUCAUAAAACUUAAAUACUUGGACUCUUUAUCGUUUUUGAAGGAUUGAUCUUUAUUGUAUACUUUCUCUUAUGGUUACCUUUAGUUGCCAAGUUUACUAAAGACAUAUGGAGAACAAGAUCUAUGAUCUUAAUGAUUCCACUUAGUGUCAUACAAAGUAUUAAAUCAAUUAAGACAUAUAUAAAAACAAAUAUUUAGAUCAAUGAUGUUGAAGUUUGA